AUGGCCUCGUACUGCGAGGUGUGUCAAGGCCUGUACGACAUUCCUCACCCACACUUGCGGCUGCAGUGCUCGUCAUUGUCGCCGCCGCCAUGGAAGCGCGGUAUCUGGAACCCAGUUUGCCCUUCAUCAUCGCCACCCGAGCGAGGAGGAAGCGGGGGAGGCCGCGGUAGCCGCGGUUUGUCGUGGCCUCGCGUCGCCAGCCGCCACCGCGAAACUCCACACGCGUCACGCUUGCCUUUUCUGAAGGCCCGGAUCAGCGGUCACGACUGCGUUGGCCCCUACGUGUGCCCUUGCCAGCAGCGGCGAAGCGCCUCCAUGCCAGCAGUGCCCGACUCCUACGGCGUCUCAGCCUCACACGCCGCAUCACAUUCCUCCCCUUCUCUCCUACGGCGCAUGUUACACGGCGCGGAUGGGGGCGUGGGGUGCGGCGACGAACAGGACGACCGCUAUCGUUGCACGACAUCCCUUCCACUCCCGGUGUCUGCCUCCGCAGACGCUGGGCGAGGAGGCUCUCCCUUCAUAGAGCGCUACGGCGAAGACACCUACUGUAGCCAGCGCCGCGCAGACGGCAACCCGCCCCAGCUGGAUUACCUGCGCCGUGGGGCCGGACAUGUCUGCACGUAUGUGUCUCCUUACGAUGACUGCGAAGGCGAUGGAGAACGGAUCAGACUGACGCGCGGCGACGGCGACAUGGCUUUUCCGCUUUCCUCGUUCUCGCCAUGCGCGCCGGUGGACGCGCGGGAGGCGGCCGCGCGCCACCGUCGCCGCGCCAGCGCGGGGAGACUACCGCACGUGUGCUGCGCGUCAUCUCCUUACCCCUGCGACGACCUGGGGUGGGGUGGCAAGCUCGGUAGCCGCAUACCACAGCACUUGUCCUCGUCGCCUAGCCUCGACAAUGCUACUCGCUAUGCCUCCGAACGCGCCGCACGGCCGCGAUCGAGCCGUAGCAUCAGCGCUGAUCACCCUUCCCGGCGAAUAUCCCCGACGGCCGAUGGGGGUGGCCGUCGUGGUACGCACAUGCCGUUGGUGCACAACGACACAGGGUCUGGCGAACCGUCUUCCUCACAGCGACCGCCGCUGCUGCCGUCGGUGGCAUCGAUCACGCCGGCAUCUUCUUUUGCGGGCCUCACCGUCGACGCUGAACAGCGUGCUCAGACAUCGACCAGUUCUGAGGCACCACUGCACGUCAGCAGACACGGUGACUCGGCGCAGCAGCCUUUGGUCGCGGCUGGUUCACUGUCGUCUCGCGCUCGUGACUCUCUGGCGGACCUCGUCGCCAAGAUACGAGCAGAAGUCAGCAAAGACGUGACUUCGUGGGCCACAGGAGCGCCCCGCAGCGAUCUACUUCUGAACCCGGCGGAUGCGAAGCCUCGGGCAACUGCAGAGGGUAAGAGAGAAAGACACCGCCGUCCAGAGAAGCCGCAGGAGCAGACCUCCGCCGCUCAGGCUACAGCAUCGUCGCUCCUGUCUUCGUCCGCAGUGUCGACGGGAGCAGAGGAGACCGCCGCCUUUCAUGUGCUGGCCGCUCCACAGUCAUCCAGCACUGGCGACAACCGCGGCGCGCAUGCUUACCGGGCUUCCGCUGCACCUCCAGCGGCGAGUGGUGAGGCUCGCAGCGCACGGUCGCAUCGGCGGCGCAGCAGCACUGAAGAACACCGUCGCCCAUCCCGGCCACGGCACUCUUCGUCGUCGUCCUUGUCAGCGUGUUCGACCCUGUCAUCAUCCUCUUCGGUGCAUCUCCGUCGAACGGUGAGGAGGGCCGAGGUGGUCCUAGGCCGACUGAGGGACAGAUCACGCGGCAAUGGCGGCAGUCGUACGCAAUCGCCCGCUGCUGUUGGUGCAGCAACCGUCCAUGGUCGACGGAAUACCUCGGUGCACUCCUCUGGACACAGGAAGGGCUGCACAGGGUUGCAGCGUGGCAGGGGACGUCGUCGCCACUCCGCCCCUCCUCUGCCCUCUCGGGCUCAUGCGACACAUGUGCCAUCCCGCCGAUCGUCUCUUCCGACUCCCAUAGAGACGUUCUCGACGGAGAGUCCAGGUGCACCCCAGCGAGUGCAUCCACCUGAUCGGGUUGCAAGGGAGGCGAUAAGGGAUGUGGGGACGAAGAGAGUUGAUGCGUCAGAGGCUACUUUGACGGUGGCUGAGUCACGCCGGCAGCAGGAGAUGUGGCGCACCACGCAGGAGCACCGCAUCGAGCAGCUACGCGAGGGUCUGUCGGCGCUAUGCGCGGCCGUACGAAAAGACCUUCAGAAGGUGCGCGAGGAGGUGGGCAGGGUGCGUGCCGAGGCCAAAGACGCGGCGGAAGGCACUGAAAGACGAAUGCGUGAGGCGUUGGCGGCUGCAUCGCGGUCCAACUCGCCCGAUGAGCGUGCGACCCACGCAAGAAGACGAGAGGUGGACUUCCACCCGAGCUCCGUCGUGGCGGCAGUGACCCAGUGCACGCCGGCGGAGCAGCGCCGUCUCGCCAUGCUUCUUCUGCCUCACUUUCGACCGCUACUUGAGGAGAUGGUCCAGGGGGAGGUGCAGUGCCAGCUCCGCCAGCACCGCGGCGAGCAGCAAGAGGCGCAGCAUGGACUUGAGCGGCGCUUGCACACGUACGUUGAGGAGGCGGUGAUGUCUCAUCAGCGCCGUACACGCGCAGACGAGACCGUCGGCAGUGAAGGCAUCGUCACUGCCCCCGUGUGGGCAACCUUCUCUUCUGCGGAUGCCUUCGACGCACACCUCCGCGCUGCCACUCGCGCGGUGCUGCUCGAGGAGGACGACCGACGGUAUAGUCUGGUGAAUGAGAACGAGCGCCGGCAUGAGCGGCGCGUGCAGAAGCUGAAGCAGGACUGGCAAGAGGCCCUGAAAACCGCACAAGCGGACUGGAAGGCCGAGUGGCGGACUCUUUUGGAGGAGGAGGCGAAUGCGUGGACAUGCCGUGCGCAGGCACCGCUGUUGCAGCAGGCCGACACGCUUCAGGACAUUGUAAAGGCUCUCACACGCGACGUGACACACCUGCAGGAGCAGCAGGAGGCGCUCUCCGCGCGCCUCUCGACCAGUCUGCGACAUGAGCGGGAAAUGCGAGUGCAGGAGCAGGCACAACUCGCUGAGCGUGUUGAGCAACGCGUGCGACAACUUCUACCGCGUGAGGUCGAGUCUGCCUGCGUGCGAUUUCAUGCGUUGCGAGAGCAACGGCUCGCAGCGGCAGCUUCACGAGGCACUUUUACCGAACUGACCACUCCCGGGGCAUCGCGCCGGAGUGCGACACCCACGACCUGCGCUGCCGCUGCGGCCGCUGCGCCAUCAUCCGCAGAGGAGUUUCGCUUGUCCAUCGUGCAACCGGCCAUGGAGCAUAUGCGGCGUCUGCUCGUGUUGCACCAAGAGAUGAUCGACGCGACGGUUGAGGCUCGUUGCCGUCGCGCUGAGCACACGGUGGAGGGCAAUCGGCACGUGUGGUCGCAGAACGUGGCAGAGCUGCGGUCAAAGCUCUCGGCGCUGCGCGCCGACGUGCGUGGUGCCUUAGGCGAGUUGUGCGAGAACCUUAACGUGGCCUCUCCAGCCCUGUAA